CACCGAGCCGCGCCGCCGCCCUCUCCGCCCGGGCCGCGCCCGCCGCCCGCGCGCCAUGGUGUCAUGGAUCAUCUCCAGACUGGUGGUGCUUAUAUUUGGCACCCUCUACCCUGCAUAUUACUCUUACAAGGCUGUGAAGUCGAAGGAUAUUAAGGAAUAUGUCAAGUGGAUGAUGUACUGGAUUAUAUUUGCACUUUUCACCACAGCAGAGACAUUCACAGACAUCUUCCUUUGCUGGUUUCCAUUCUAUUAUGAACUAAAAAUAGCAUUUGUAGCCUGGCUGCUGUCUCCCUACACAAAAGGCUCCAGCCUCCUGUACAGGAAGUUUGUACAUCCCACGCUGUCUUCAAAAGAAAAGGAAAUCGAUGAUUGCCUGGUCCAAGCAAAAGACCGGAGUUAUGAUGCCCUUGUGCACUUCGGGAAGCGGGGCUUGAACGUGGCGGCCACAGCGGCUGUGAUGGCUGCUUCCAAGGUGGCUCGACUCUUUCAUUUUGCCUCCUCUUUGGACCUCAGAGAAGGGCAGGGACAGGGUGCCUUAUCGGAGAGACUCCGGAGCUUCAGUAUGCAGGACCUCACCACCAUCAGGGGAGACGGUGCCCCUGCUCCUGCGGGGCCUCCCCCGCCAGGGGCUGGGCGGGCCAGCAGCAAACACGGCCAGCCUAAGAUGUCCAGGAGUGCUUCUGAGAGCGCUGGCAGCUCAGUGUGCACCUGCUGCUCUACCUGCCGGACCUGGAAAGUGGUUGAGGGAGAUGUGCAUGAGGGUGGUGUGAAGACCUGGGAGCCCCACCAGGUCCAGAACCCUCUGGCGUUUUCUGACGAGGAGGAGGAAGACCUGCUGGAUUUCAUGUACAAGUAUAAGGAACCGAGAAGGACGGAGCUGCCCCUGGAGGCACCGCCUAGAAUCCUUCGAUCUCGCUUCCGGAAGAAAAGUACCUCAUCUUCAGCCGCUGAAACCACAUGAGUGAGACGAGCCAACAGCACCGGAUCCACAGAAUGUUCCUCCUCUGCCUUAAAGAGCUAGUGACUAAGAACAGCAAUCCGCAGGCUGGGUGUGCUUUGAGUGUGCAGCCUCACAGACAUGGCCUUUUUUCGCUCCCCUCCUCCACCUGUAGGAAUUUGUUUCCCCCUUCUCUUUAUUUUGCUGGGGAGAGGCUGAAGGGAAAGGUCGGGGUGGAGUGAUCUUGGAGUCUUCUGAGGUUAGUGAUGUUCCGUGAUCGGAUCGUCAUUACAGACAGCAUUGUUUUUAGAAGUGGAAAUCACCCCUUUGCUGCUGACAUGUACAUUUGUAAUCUAUCUGUUGCAUACUUAGUUUUUAGUCCUGUAAAUGCAAACCAAUUUUUUUAAAAGCAUUUUUUGGUUUUGGUACUAAUACUUUGGACUAUGAUGUACAUAUUUAUGGCUUUUGGCUUAAUAUAAUGAACUUGCAAGGGCUGCCAGAGGUUCUAAGUGAGAAAACUGCAAAAACAAUAUAUAUAUAUAUGAAAAAAAACUGAUUCUAAACAAUGUCUCCAAUGUGCUUAUAAAGCUUCCGAGUCCAGCUCCAGUAAAGUAUCUGUUUUCCCGCAGGGAGAUGGUGUCUGUAUUUUUCUAAUGGUUGAGUAGUCAACAGAUCAGAGAAGUCAGGAGUAGAGACAUUUAACAUCAGCGAUGAGUGUGAGCAACACUCGAAAGCAUGGGAAGUUCACCUCCUCCUUCUGAGCCCUGCCACAGGCCUUAACCCUGCCUCAGGCAGGUGGCUCACCCUUGACAAAACUUCUUGAGGACAGAGACUCAGAGCUGUUAGAAGAAUCUUUAGCGUUUCAAGUCUUGCCACAUGACCUUCUUCAGAGUGGCUGGUGCGGCGGCUAAUUUCCUCAGGUUGAGAAGCCUGAAGUCUGAGCACCUUGUUUCAGAGAACACUAAACAAAAAGAAACAAAACACCCCCACAAAAGACUAGAACUAUGCUUUGUUUCGAGUAUGUUCUGAAACAUACAAGACACAUGUGGAACCCAAAGGGUGGGUUCUGGAAGGUUGUAGAGGUUGAGAUCUUUGGGAUGGAGCUGUGGCUCACACCUUCUAACCCCCUCCUGUCCAGGGAGGUGCGUACAUGGGAAUGGACACAUGCUCAUGGACACUUAGUCUUCAGAUAUUUUCUGUCAGCCAGGAUUGCUUAGUAGAGGAAGAAAGCACGGAGGGGACCCCCUGCUAGGAUUGAGGAUUUUAUUUAAGAACAAGAAUCUGAUUUAGAUGAAUUUCUGGCCGAGGUAGCUGCCCUCCCCUCUGAGAGCUGAGCCAAAAUGUAGCACUAGUGUAUUUGUGCUGAGAGUUGGUGUUUUCUUCCGUGUACUGCAUGCAGUGGUCACAACCUAGGUACUCAUAUUCGGAUUGUGUUUGUUCGUAGAUAUGUCCCACAGACUAGAGAAGUAGUGUUAUACACCACUUAGGACUCGCUGUCCACCGACUAGAAGUAGGCAGGUCCAAUUGAAACUGUUUCCGUUACAGAGCUAAGUGAAUAUGCAUUGGUGGCCUUUGCAGAUGACACACUGGCUGGAUCUUAGCCACCUUACAGAGGGUUUAGUUGAAGUUGAUUGUCGCCAGAUAAACAUACUAAAAUCCCAACCCCUUCCUCCCACACUUCCUUCAGAGGAAAUUACCUUCAGAGGUAAUUUACAAAAGAAUUUAGGAAAACAGAUAUAAAAGCAAACUGAGUGGGCAAUUAGAGGCUGUUUGUUCACUGUCUAUGAACAGCACCGAUAUCUAUCCUGUUAGAAAAGACAGAAAGCCUGUUCUCUUCAAGCUCACUGAAUAGUUCCAGAAAAGGGAAAAUACGCUCCGUGAAAUGUAUUUACCUAUUAGUUGAGGCAUCCCCACAACUGUCAGAAGUAAGUGCAAAAAAGCUUUAAGAGAAGCAGCUUUUAGUAUGCUUUUGUUUUGCCAAAAUAAUAAAUGCCCUUAACAGAUUUCAAAUUCCUGUAUUUUUACUAUGUCACAAUGGAAAGUAGUAACAAGUCCAGGUGAAUUAAGUUUGCACUCAACUAUGCCAAAAGCAACAGUUUGAAGCACUCUAUUCUCAGAUAUGCUGUAUUAAGAUUUAAAAAUAUAAGAUAUUCAAACUGCUGUC